UUCCCCCAAAAUGAACUUUAUUUGCGCCCGAGCCUCAUUCCCAGCGUAAUUAUGGUGCGCAGUGGGCGGCCUGCGUCAUUUCGCUCCAGUCUUCGGUGGGGAAUAGACGCUCCGGGGACGCGCGAGCUCUGCGCGCGCGGGCUGCGCUGCCUCGCUCACUCAGGAGAGGAGGCGUUGCUUUCCGCGCCGUCUUUUUACGCGCAGUCCCCGCCCUCCACGGAGAGACUUGUGCACGCACCUUUCAGGGCGCAGGAAGGCAAAGGCCGUCCAUGCAGAUUGGCACAGGACUCACCUCUUCACGACCGUCAUUAGUGCGUUAUUUUUAUGGGUUUUUGGGGGUGAUGUGGGGACGUUGAUCCACGCUGCGUGAACUACAGAACCUCUCCUCUUGCAAAUCGCAGCAUCCAGACUCGGAACAUCGUUUUUGGUUUAUUUUGCUCUCAUUUUUUUCCUGGAUUUUCUUUAUUUUUGGGAGGAUUUUUCUUUAGGAUGGAGGUCUAACCGCGCGCAAAAUGGAAUAAGGCUGCUAUCCAGAGUUGGCAUAACCAUUUUAAUAUCUGUAUAAUGUGCCAUUUUUGUUGUUUUAAAUCAAACUAAAUUGUCCAAAGAGGAGUUCCCUGACUGAAAAAGACACAGCAGAAGCCACGGAAUUAUCAUGACCAAAGCCCGCCGAGCUCCUCCUCAUCACCUGGAAAGCUGCGUUUUGCUGGAGCUUCGAGUUGGAGAGCAGGAGGCAGAGGAGGAGGAGAAGGAGGAGAGGCAGAGGGAGGAUGCUGAGCUGCACGGCCGAGCUGAGGCUCCAGUGAUGGACUGAGCAGGGAGCUGAGGACACUCAGCUUCACGUUCUUCCCUCAGAAACCUUUUUUGUUAUUUUUGUCAUGGACUUACUGCAGGUGAGAGGAAGAAGGAGUUGAAGUCAACGUUUUUAUUCUUUACUGGACAUCUCUCAGGUCUGCACUAACUGAUCUGGAACCUCAGCCCCGCAAGUGCCCUGGGAGCCUGCUGGAUCAGAUGUAACUGAUCUGUCUCCAUUUCUUCACAUUAGGAAGUCCCGUGUUUUUGGCUGCAUGGACACAUCUUCAAAGUCGUGGCUGCCGCAUCAGAGUCAGUUUGGGUUGGUUGGUCAAGCGGAGGCUUGCUGUGGUGGAUCUGGAGUUUUAACCCCAAACCAAUCUCGCAGGGCAAGUUUUGCCUCUGUAAGACAGUCUAGCAUGGAGACCCCUCCCAAUACGACCCCACAGCCCUUCAGGCAGCCUAGUUUUCUCAAUCGAAGACUGAAGGGAUCCAUCAAGAGGGCCAAAAGCCAACCCAAGCUAGACCGGACCAGCAGCUUCAGGCAGAUGAUUCUGCCUCGGUUUCGUAGUGCUGACCAGGAGAGGACGCGGUUGAUGCAAAGCUUCAAAGAAUCCCACUCCCAUGAGUCCCUUCUUUCCCCCAGCAGUGCUGCAGAAGCUCUGGAUCUAGUUCUGGAUGAAGACGCCAUAAUCAAGCCGGUCCACUCCAGUAUUUUAGGUCAAGAGUACUGCUUCGAGGUAACAACCAAUUCAGGGACAAAAUGUUUUGCCUGCCGAUCGGCUUCAGAAAGAGACAAAUGGAUUGAAAAUUUGCAGCGAGCUGUCAAACCAAACAAGGAUAACAGCAGACGAGUGGAUAACGUGCUCAAGUUGUGGAUCAUUGAAGCUCGAGAUCUUCCAGCUAAGAAGCGCUACUAUUGUGAGCUGUGUCUGGAUGACAUGCUGUACGCGCGCACCACCAGCAAACCCCGCACCGACACCGUCUUCUGGGGGGAGCACUUUGAGUUCAACAAUCUGCCCACCAUUCGUAGCCUUCGUUUGCACCUCUACAAGGAAACCGACAAGAAGAGGCGUAAAGAGAAAAGCACAUAUAUUGGCCUUGUCAGCAUCCCCAUCUCCAGCAUCACCGGCCGACAGUUCGUAGAGCAGUGGUACCCGGUGAUACAGUCCAGUGUUCUGGCCAAAGGCGGCGGUGUGGGAAGUACCAAAGUCAUCAACGCUUCACUGCGCAUCAAAUCUCGCUACCAGACGAUGAACAUCCUCCCUAUGGAGCUAUACAAGGAAUUUGCUGAGUACAUCACCAACAACUAUCGAACACUGUGUGCCGUCCUGGAGCCGCUGCUGAGCGUGAAGAGUAAAGAGGAGGUGGCCUUCGCUCUGGUGCACAUCCUGCAAAGCACAGGAAAGACAAAGGAGUUCCUGUCAGACAUGGCCAUGUGUGAGGUGGAUCGAUUCAUGGACCGUGAACACUUGAUCUUUCGGGAGAACACGCUCGCUACGAAGGCUGUGGAAGAGUACCUCAAACUAAUAGGCCACAGAUACCUCAAGGAAGCUAUAGGCGACUUCAUUCGAGCCUUAUACGAGUCUGAGGAGAAUUGUGAGGUGGACCCCAUGCGUGUCCCACCGUCCGUCCUUGCCGACCAUCAAGCCAACCUUCGCAUGUGCUGCGAGCUCUUACUCUGCAAAAUCAUCAACUCUCUCUGCAUCUUCCCCCGGGAGCUGAAGGAAGUCUUUGCCUCUUGGAGAGCCAGAAGUGCCGAGCGUGGAAGAGAGGAUCUCGCCGACAGCCUCAUCAGCUCCUCCCUGUUCCUGCGUUUCAUGUGCCCAGCCAUCAUGUCACCCUCGCUGUUCAGCCUGAUGCAGGAGUACCCAGCUGAGCGCACGUCUCGCACGCUCACGCUCAUCGCCAGGGUGAUGCAGAACCUGGCCAGCUUCAGCAAAUUUGGCCCAAAGGAGGAAUACAUGUAUUUUAUGAAUGAGUUCCUGGAGAUGGAGUGGGGCUCCAUGCAGCAGUUCCUCUAUGAGAUCUCCAACUUGGACACGGGAGGAAACGCUGGAGGCUUUGAGGGCUACAUCGACCUGGGCAGAGAGUUGUCCAUGCUCCACAGUCUGCUGUGGGAAGUCAUGGGCCAGCUCAGCAAGGAUGCCAUUUUGAAACUUGGACCUCUGCCCCGCCUACUGAAUGACAUCAGCGUCGCCCUGAGAAACCCGCAGCUUCACAUGCCAACAAAUCAGCAGCCGGAGCGACCAAAGGACAGGCUCUUCACUCGCCCAUCUUUCAAUCGCCUCAUGUCGUCCGACUUCCAAAGCCUUAUGAUGCGUGACUUGAACAGCUCAAUAGACAUCUCUCGCCUUCCAUCUCCCACCACUGGGUUGUCGGCUGUGGAAUCGCUCUCAUCCAACCUGAACAUGAGGCGUCAGGCUGAGCGCGACUUCCGCUCGUCUAGGGAGGUGUUCUAUGUCACCCGCCCCCCACUGGCCCGGUCCAGUCCUGCGUACUGCACGAGCAGCUCAGACAUCACAGAACCCGAUCCAAAGGUUAAAGGGGGUCAUUACGUCCACAGUGUAAAUAAAAGUGUGUCCAUGAUGGACCUUCAGGACUCUCGCAUGAACAGCAUCUCCAACCUGAACUCCGUGGGGGACAUGCUCGCCUCCUCUCAAGCUUCCAUAGCUGGUCUCGGUCACAGUUUUGGGAAUCUCGGUGGGCCUCUGCGUGUUGGGGGGCAUUUGCCGCCAGGAUCAUCCGGUUCGGGUCUCAGACUGAGCCAGAUGGGCCACGUGGGGGGGCCCACAGAGUCCAUAUCCCAGCAACAACAACAAGCAGCAGCAGCAAUGCACUUCCCCCUGUCUUUCCAGAACCCUCUAUUCCAUCUGGCAGCGCAGAACUCCCCAGCUCAGUCCCAGCCUCCCGCUCCUCCUCCACCUCUUCUGCUUGCUCCCGAGCAUGAAAAUGGCCACCCCGACUACCCACCGGCGUUUGGCAACAGCGCUUUUUCCCGCAGCGAGGACUUGUCCGCCCUGCGGUCACAGAGCAGUCUGGUGCAGCCCAGUAUCGUGCACUCACACAGCUACAGUGAUGAUUUCACCCGGCAGAAUCAGAGCAACGAUUUCGCCUGGCACCAACUGUCACUGCAGGUGCAGGAAUCUCUCCAGCAGCAGCACCUGAUGGGAGUCACAUCACAUACAGGCACUGGCACAGGUACUCCCGCCUCCUUGGCCACACCCCCAACCACGGUCCAUCCUGUCCGCCAGACAUCGAUUGCGCCUCACUUAAAGUCUCAGCGUUCUAUUAACACUCCAGCCACUGCCACGCCACCAAAGGUUCGCCCGCAGAGCAGGAACAUCCUCCUUGAUGCCUCUGACACAAACAUGAGCGGUAGCCAGCCAAAAUCACGACCAAGUCAGCAGGCGGCCCAACAGCAGAUGCCUCAGCAGGACGCGCAGACGGUGACAGACAGUCCAGCUCCCGGCCUUCCGUUCCAGACCGGUGCCGCCAAAGAGAACCAAGCCCCGGCGGCAGCUGCAGAGGAGUCCACAGACACACCAACCAAAAGCGGCAAGAAGUCGCAGCUGCAGCCUCCACAGCAGCAUCUCCUCAAACCAGUCGCAAACAAACAGGGGAACAUGAAUGAACGGACGGUCGCCUGGGUGUCCAACAUGCCACACCUCUCUGCUGACAUUGAGAGUCUGCGGCCAGACCGCGAGGGGCAGCUCAAAGAGUAUUCCAAGAGUAUGGAUGAAUCCAGACUAGAAAGGGUUAGAGAAUAUGAAGAAGAAAUUCAUAACCUGAAGGAACGCCUCAAGAUGUCACAUCGCAAACUGGAAGAGUAUGAGCAGAGACUUGUGUCCCAGGAACAGCAGACCAGCAAGAUCCUCCAGCAGUACCAGAACCGCCUGGAGGACAGCGAGCGCCGCCUGAAGCAGCAACAGCUGGAGAAGGAUUCUCAGAUCAAAGGCAUCAUUCACAGACUCCUGGCUGUGGAGGAUGAGCUGAGAGGGGGUGCCAUUCCUGAUAUUAAGCCUCGAAUCCUCACAGACCAGUCUAUCAGCCAGGGCUAUGGGGGCCUCCCAGGAUCCUGACUAUCAGCUCCAAAGUGACCAGAGUUCAUGAUGGUCACUCGAGUGUAAGAGGGCUGAUUCAGAUGUUCCUAAAAGAAAAAAAACAAACAAUCAAGACAGAGCUCUGCAAAGGACAGCUGGAUGCAUCAUGUCACAACAUUACCGAGAACAAACACAUGCACAUGUUUAAAUUUAGCCUCAACCCAACCUUGACAAUCAUCCUAAAGUGAGGACCAACGUGUGCAGUGGUUUCCCUGCACAUGUUGACUGAAAUAUAAGCCAGUGCCACAACAAUGGCAAUAGUGUACUUACUGAUGCUUUCAAACUGUACAGCAGAAUGUAAAACAGGGUGUUAAAAACAAAAGGAGGAAGAAGGAUUGAGAUUUUACCAUUUUGCUUUUAACAAACACGCUAUUCCAUCACAGCAACACUCCCUACAAUCUGUUGUGUUGUUACAAGAUGUGCCAUCAAAGAUUUUGCAAUGCAGAAUCCAAACAAAGACCUGUUUUCUAUUUGAUUUGGAGAUUACAAUGAAACUCCAAUUGUUUAGUUGUAAUAAAAGUAUUUUAGGAUUUUUUACAUUUCGAUGAACAAGACCUACAAUUAGUUGCUUUAUCUUUAUCUUCUUGUUAAUUUUUUCCUCUGCACAGUCACAGCCUUGACUUUCAAUCUACUAAAUAACUAAUUAUUUGAAUGCAUAACAUUUAUUAAUUAUUUUACUUAAAACAUUUUUUAAAAUUGUAACAUAAAUUAUUAUUCUAAGUAUGAUUAGUCAUUCAAAGCAGUGGUACAAAGAGGUAUGCUAAUUUAAAUCAAAACUUUGAAGAGUCACCAAUUUUUAAGUUUGAAAUAACCCAGAAAUUUAGCAGAAGUCAGUUUAAUGCUAUAAAUUUAUGCAACACUGUUUUUCCUGAAUGCAGUAAAGUUUCCAUAAUAAAUUAAAUAUUCUUUCUACACUUAGAUUAACUUGUCAAAUCUGUUUAAUGGAAUAGAAAAUGCCCCAAAAAAGUAGUUGCCAUUAGUUCAGUUUGGUUUCACAAUGUACUUUUCAGGAAAGACCACAGCCUUUGAAGUCUUCAUGCAGUUACAACAACUGCUUGCUAUAAGGGGCAGUAUUUUCCUAAAACAAGCUGUCUAGGAACAACAAUCCCUGCAACAACACAAAAAGCACAAAGUGAAUUGGUUGGUACCACCCUAGAACUGUUAUUACUACACAAUAUCUUCAAGACCAUUUCUUUUAGUGCUGCUUAACACGUAUUUGGGGUAGACGGGGUUUUUUUUUUUAAAUACAGCCCUACUGUACUUUUCGCACUAUAGGGUUCACCUGAUUAUACAGCACACCGUCAAUGAUUGGCUUAUUUUUUUAAAUGAUAAGACGCACUAAUGAGACGACAGAGUCAGAGACAAUUCCAUCAAUCAAUCAGACUUUAUUGACUGCGUUCACAGUAACUUGUUAGUAAACCGCUACACUUUAGCCACAUUAGAAGCAUUAGCCAAGUUAGCGCAUUCACAAUACCCGAAACUUACACAUUUUCUUGCAAUACCUAAAUAAUAGACUGUGACUACACUAACUCUCAACGUUGUUAGUAACAUGUAGCAUAAACUAAUUUUGACACAGCAGCAUAUUAGCAUAUUCACAAUGACACCCAGCCUUGUAUGGAACUUGUUAAAUAAAAAACAGAUUGCUACCGUCAAAAUUAAUGUUACUGUGACAACACUGACUCCACAUUAAAAAAAUAAAUACAUAAUAUUUUGACAUCGCUACAUGUUAGCAUAUUCACAAUAAAACCUAGCCUUGUUUGAAAUUUGUAAAAGGAAA